AGUGUUUUUGUUCAUACAGUAGUUUGGGGUAAGAUGUUCUGUGUUUUUAUUCGCUUAUUACAAUUUUAACAUAACUAUAUAUAACCCACGACUCUAGAGGUCGUUGUUAAUUGAUAAAAACAUGAUUAGGAUGUAUAGAAUAACAUGAGCUAACUGGGCCCAUCUUACCCCGGUACUAAAAGUCAUUUUACCCAUAUACGCGGUAGAGUUUUUCUAAGAAAAUGGCAUUGUUGCAUAUAAAGAAUAUUGAUGUUUAUUUGUGAAACAGAGGCCGCCUAAUUAAUAAAAACGCAAAAACAAUUGCAGCGCGAUAAAAGUAGAACACACCCUACUGCAGCGUGCAGGGGUUUAUAUUUUUCGCACGCAGCAAUAACUUAUGUAAAUUAUUAAAAUGGCCAUGAGGGUCUUUCACCUGCAGAGUUGUUAGCAAUUAUAUUAGUACAGUACAGGGUUAGUACUUAACCAUAGAGUGAUUAUUUUUUUUUGUUUCUUGUUUAUAGAACCCUUAUUAUCGGGAACACAAACACCUUAGUUAUAAGUUUAAAUCGGGGGGUGUCAAAGGUGAAUGUCAAAGAUCAAGAAAAUUCAGUAUUGUAUACAUGGAACCAUCUGGCCUGUAAUAGUUUGUUGUGAUUAUGAUUUUUUUGAGUCGAAGAAGAGAAAUGCUUUUAUAAUGCAUUCCCGAUACCAACGCUUCAUUUGUUGUGAAAUCCUAGUCACUGCUUGUAGAAAGAAUUACUUUCAGAAAGGUAUUGAAAAGUAUUCGCCUAUCAGGCGGCGGUAGAACCAAAUAUUUAUAUGACCUUUUUAGUUUAAAACUUUAUAGGUCAAGCACCAGUGGUCACUAAAGGCUCGUAUGUUUAUUAUCACUUUGUCAGCAAGAGAUUUAAAAAUAGGAGGUAAAGCAAUGGAUGAAAGCAGUGUCAUGAAUUGCGAUGCAGCAGUGUCCGAAAAUUCAGACUGUAAGCCAGAGACCAGAGAAAGAUCAAUGUCUCGUUACCUGUACAUACUUGGGUUAACGGCAAUGUUUAUUUACGGUUCGUACAGCGGCGUGAUUGGGUUAGAAAGCAGUAUCAACAUAGAAGGCGGCCUCGGCACCACCAGCGUUAUGAUCGUUUUCAUCGUCUCUUCGUUUUCCUGCAUUUUUCUUUUGCCUAUCGUCAUUGAUUUCCUGGGACCAAAGUUCGCUAUUAUACUUGGUGAACUUGGAUUUGUUGCUUACAUUGCAUCCAACUUUUACCCAAGUUGGUACACCCUUAUUCCUGCGGCAGUGGUACACGGUAUCACAGAAAGUGGCAUGUGGGCCGGUGGGUCAUGUUAUGUUACUUUCCUUGCGAAGAAGCAAUGGGAAAAAGAAACGCGACGCAACGAAGACAGUGGCCGAUCGCAAGAAGCUUUGAUUUAUCGAUACUUUGGAAUUUAUUACAGCAUGCUUUUUUGUGGGGAACUAUUAGGAAGUGGAAUAGACGCCGCAGUUUUGCUCGGGUUGCAAAACCAAGGUGUUAAACCAUCCAAUGGCAGUGCCAUCAAUGCAAGUUUCGUUGUGUCAUCAACGCAAUAUUCUAAAUCAGCCGCCAUCUCUCACGAUGCUACGAUGCCAUGGAUUGUACCAAAUGCAACUCUUGAAAUAAAGAACCCUUUGGCGUUUUGUGGGUCGCAAGAUUGCCAGGCGGACUAUAUCUACGACUUCAGCGAGGACGACUUGGAGAAAUUCCAUCCAAGUAAAACGAGCAUUUACUUUCUGCUCUCCUUAUUCACGAUCUGCGCAUUGCUUUUUAUUUGUUUACAGGCCAUAUUUCUCCCAGAGGCGUCAGUUAAAGAGGACCAAACGCGAGGCGAAUCGAUUCUUCCGACAACAACGUCUUCGAUAAAAAAGGAAAACAGCGCAACACAAUCACCAACGAAGACCAAUCGGGUUUUAACAAAAGUGAAAGUGGAGUUAAAGGGCACGUUUCGACACGUGAUAUCGCCAUUACAUCUGUUUAUUGCACCUUAUAUUUUCUACAAUGGAUUGUACUAUGCUUACGAAAUAACCGAAUAUACAAGAGCGUUUGUAUCUUGUUCCAUUGGUGUCGAAAAGCUGGGAUUGGCAACUGGGGUUCUUGGAGCUUUUACCAUAUCCGGAACAACUUUUGGGGGUCACGUUCUAUAUCGACUUGGAAGAACGAAAUAUGCAAUAGUGGUUACGUGUUGGCACUUAGGUACAUUCUUAUGUAGUAACUUUUGGCAACCCCACCCCAACAAUACAUGGGUCAUAUACUUGCUUGGUGCUUUCCUUGGAUUUGGACAAGGAAUUCUGAACAAUAUGCUUAAAGGUUUGACGGCACACUAUUUUCAAGGCACUGAGGUCGUCGCUUUUAGUGUUAAAAACUGUAUCACGAAUCUAGGAAUUGUAGCUGGCACAGCGUGGAGCACGAGUCUAUGCGUGUAUGAGAAGAUUUACGUUGUUAUUGGGUUUCUUCUGUUUUCGUUAGUAUGCUUUUUUAUAGCCGAAAGAUUGUUCCAAAAGCAAAAGAAAACAAUCUGUAUGUAAACAAUACCUAAUGGCGUGGUAACAAAAAAGGAACAACAUAAUAAUUAAUGGUAAAGGCUACCUAAUUAAAAUGCCCUUUUCUAAACGA